AUGUCUUGUCGCACAAAAAUGUUACCUAAACUCCGGACGUUAAAAAUCACUUUCCUAUUGAUUAUGUCGUUAUCACUACUCUGUAUAUACAACUGGACUUCAACCAAGAUUGCGGUUAGAGAUCUCAUAUACCUGACCAGGCCAAUUUGGGAUGGUAGCCAACAAGUAUUUACAAUAGUACCUCAUUAUUAUACCGAUGGUCUGAAUGGCAGCCAAUUGUGUCAUUUUCACGGCUGGCAGAAGAGAACAAAUACAGUGCAAGUGAUCGACACAAUCAUAUUCUCCAUAGAACUGGACUUAUUAGAGAUCCGAAUCAAAGAGUUGUGGCCUUUUGUCGACCAUUUCAUUGUCUUAGAGGCCGACAAAACAUUUACCGGAAGACAGAAACGACUUUUACUAAAUGAA